AUGGAACUCUUCCUCUUUCAUUUCCGACAAACUGGCAAUACGCUUGAACAGAAGUUUCUGGGUACCAGAGCGUACGGCACGAUAGAGCCAGCAAAUCUUGAGGCAAUCUUUUCGACUAAUUUCAAAGAUUUCGGAAUGGGGCCUCGUCGAGACAUCACCUUCCCAAUGUUCGGUGAUGGCAUCUUCACCCAAGAGGAGGCUGAGUGGAAACACUCUCGCGAUAUCCUCCGACCGCAAUUGAAACAUCAGCAAUAUGAGAGUCUCGAGGUAUUCCGUCCUGCGGUAGACGAUUUAAUACACCUUCUUCAAGGAAGCAAUGGAACGGUCGACUUGCAACCACUUUUCUUCCGCUUAACGCUCGACACGACUACUGCUUUCUUGUUUGGUGAAUCGGUUCGUAGCUUAGUCAAGCCGGAAGCGAUCGAAGAGAACACAUUCGCGAAUGCCUUCAACACUGCUCAACAGUGGGUGACGAAAAGAUUUCGACUCCUGGAUCUCUAUUGGCUCGUUGACGGGAGAGAAUUUCGACAGGCCUGUCACAACGUUCACAAGUUUGCCGAUCAGAUCAUUGAUCUUAAUCUUUCCUCUGAGCGCACUGCAAAUGAAGAUUCAGAACGAUAUGUCUUUUUAGAUACUGUAGCAAAGAAGACAUCGGAUCGACAUGCACUCAGAGGCCAGAUAGUCAACCUCCUAGCUGCUGGUAGAGAUACAACAGCAUGUCUUCUGUCCUGGACGUUCUUUCUACUCAUACGCCACCCAAAAGUUAUGAAAAAGCUACGUGCAGAAAUUGCUUCAUUAUGCACAACAGACACUCCGCUAAACCGAGAUAAUCUGAGAAGAAUGCCAUAUCUUAAUAAUGUGCUCAAAGAGACUUUAAGGCUCUACCCAUCCGUUCCCGUAAAUACACGUACUGCAACGAGAACUACGGUCCUGCCAAAAGGCGGAGGGUCAGAUAGGAAAUCACCAGUCCUUAUACCCAAAGGAAGCACUGUGGCAUUUAGCGUAUAUUCUAUGCAUCGACGGCCGGAUCUCUACGGAAUGGAUGCCGAGCUGUUCCGACCUGAGAGAUGGGAUGAAGAAAUGCCAAUGAACAACAACCCGACUAAUGCAAGAUGGGGUUAUCUGCCAUUCCACGGAGGUCCUCGAGCCUGUCUUGGGCUUGACUUCGCGCUCAGCGAAGCUGCAUAUGUGACUGUGCGCUUAUUACAGGGUUUUGGAUCUAUCAAGCUCCCUGAGGGAGAGCAAGUUGGACUGGUAGGCUUGGAAGAACAAACAAUGACACUCGUGAUUUCUAUCAAGAAUGGAUGCAAAGUUUUCCUGCUCAAAUCCUUGUCGCCCAGGAUGGCGCAUGGUAAUGGCGCUGUCUAA